ACUAUAUUAUUUAUUGCAGCGCAUUACAUAUUGUGCAACUGCGAUCUCACUUUCACAGGAAAAUAAAUCACUUCUACUUGGCUAGCCAAGUGUAACGUGUCUAUUCUGUUAUAAUUCCGUCGCUUACUGUGCAAGCUAGAUAAAGAUUUUAAAUUAUUUUACCCGAAAAAAUAAAUUUAGGCAGUUGACUACUUUGUAGCUAGCGCAGUGCAGCUUGCUUGAAGCUACCUAUCAACGACUCCGACAGUAGUCUUUGGCUAAAAACACCGCCUACCGUUUCCAUUAUGAAGCACAGUUUAUGUGUUGCAGUGAUGAUGUAGCUUUUAAACAAUAUUAACACAUUUUAUUGUCAAGUUCCGUGUUUUGGACACAAGUGUCAAUGGGGAAGAAGAAAGACAUGAUCCAUCCAAAGUUUCUUUCGGGUGAUAUGGACAUGUCCAUGGGACACAAUGCACACAAGAAGAAGCAUAAAAAGCACAAGAAACACAAGAAGAAGCACCACCGGGAGGAUGGGGGACACAGCUUCUCCUCAGAGGCGCUGGAGUCCGACUCUGGGAUCAUAAUCAAGCCCCAGCUGAAGCUGAAGAUCAAACUAGGGGGUCAGACCCUGGGCACUAAGAGUGUACCUACGUUCACCGUGGUCCCGGAGGUCCCUCGCUCCCCGUCACCACUGAUGAUCGUGGACGAUGACGAUGACGAUGAGCCCACAGAGGGUGUCCCCAUUGAGCAGUACAGAGCCUGGCUAGAUGAGGACAGUAAUCUGGACCCCUCCCCUCUUCCUGACAUGGAUACGGAGUCAUUCCUUGGGGGUCCCAUGGACGAGGAGGAGAAGUGGCUGGACGCCUUGGAGAAAGGGGAGCUGGAUGACAACGGGGAGCUGAAGAAGGAGAUCGAUGAAUCUCUGCUUACAGCCAGACAGAAAGCCCUGCUUCAUAAGCAGCAGAGUCAGCCCUUGCUGGAGCUGCCCAUGGGCUACAAGGAGAAGGAGAUGACGGAGGAGAUGAUGCAGAAGCGGGAGGAGCGGGCCCGCAAGCGCCGCCUGCAGGCCGCCAAGAAGGCGGAGGAGAACAAGAAGCAGACCAUCGAGAGGCUCACCAAGACCAGCAAGGCCAAGGUGAAGAGCAUGAGAGAGCGCAAGUCCAAGCAGGCCCUGUGCCCCAUGGUCCGCUACUCCGACUCAUUCCAGGGCAUGGCCAUCUCGUUCCCCCAGGGCGUGCCCACCCCGGCCUCCGCGCCCCCUUGCCCCCCGCCCACCCCAGUCAACUGCGGGGUUGAGGGUUGCUUAAACAUCAAGAGGUACUCCUGCUCCAAGACUGGGAUACCACUCUGCAGUCUAGAGUGCUACAGGAAGAACCUCAUGGUUCAGGGUGUGGCCUGACUGGACAUUCUCAAAGGACCGAAUAACAGCAGGGCUUCUGCUUUCAAAUGUGUAUAGUCUGAGAAAUAAGUGUGAGGGAGCUGUAGUACCAACAGGGAUGCCAUUUUGAAUGACAUGAGCCUUUUUUUUUUUUUUAGUGUGCUACAUUUCUGUUCCAUAUUACGGAUAGCAUUCUUCAUUUCUGUUGGGACUUUCUCCGCAUAGUUAAACGCCUUAAUUAUCAAAUGAAUUAUGCUUGAAUUAUGUUUAAAAUGAGUGUGGGACGUGUGAAUCAGUGAAAAUAAGUGCAACACAACAUGUAUUUAUUUAUGUAUAGCUGUAUGUGUGAGGGCAGCCUCGAGUGGUUUAGAUUUUAUAUGAAUUAAAGUGGUAAGCUUAUUUUUGUAAA